CUCCGUCAAUUACUUGGUUAUCUCUUCUGCUUCUCGACCACUCUCCGUUAAACUACGGGUCAGCUUGUUUUAUUUUCCACCUUUAACAUUACUGAUAACGCUAACACACUAAAAUUCAACUGUUUUUGUUCAUAAAUUUAACCUUCACCUCCAACAAUUAUUUCGGUGUUGAUCAGUAUGUUCAGUGUCAGCUUUUAAAUUUAAAGAAGAAAGUUUAGAAAUAAGUUUUACCGUAAAUUAUUUACUUACCUAUUUAUUAAAUAAAAAUAAAAAAAUUAAAUUGAAUAAAAUUAAAUAAGUAGAGGAAUAGAAUAAAAAUAAAAAGUUUUGAAAUGAUGGCUUGAGUGAUAACAUUGAUGGUGGAGAUUAAUGAGUGAAGGUGAAGGUGACAAAUGUGCUCGGCUCGUGCGGUAUUUUUUGUGCCGAGACUUUGUUAUUGUUUAAUAUUUAUUUUUAUUAGUUUUAAUAAUAAAAUUCCGGUGACAUAAUACACCACUAGUUUUAUUUAUUAAUAUCAUUUUGUGAACUUUAUUAAUAAUCCCACUUAAAAUGAAUCCGGAGGCUAAUAAAUGGUACCGUGGAUUUGCAACUAUCAUUUUGUGCUACGCAGCACUGGGAUACGGAUUAAUGUUAGACGAAGAAAGAGAUUCGAACAAUUUUACAGCAGCUGUAGGUGAUUACGUUGUAUUUAAUUGUCAUCUUGAUUUUCCACACGAAAUACCGAUACCUUAUAUAUUACACUGGAAUCGAGAAGGUCGAACGAUAUUUUCCUGGUACCAAGUUCCGGGUUAUGAACAGGCUAACAGUGUCCUCUCUAUUGCCGAAGAUUAUGCAGGUCGGAUUCACUUGUUGGAGGGUGAUCGACCAGCUCAAGAGUACGGACAGGGAAGUAUUAACUUGACCAACAUCAGGGAAAGUGAUCAAGGUUGGUACGAAUGCAAGGUCAUAUUUCCUGAUAGAUCACCUAGCUCACGUAAUAAUGGCACGUGGUUUUUUCUCAGCAUUGAAGGUUUGUCCCGGUCGGCGGAUGGUGUUUCAGGUGAAAAUUUACUGGCAAUACCACCAGUUAAUAAAACUGUUAUGGAAGGAGAAAUUGUUGAGUUUCAGUGUGUUACCAAAAUUCCGAACAUGAUCGUCACUUGGUUACGAGAUGGCAUUGAGAUCCCGGAAGUAGAGGAUCUCAGAGAUCGUGCUUCUGUUGACGAUAACGGAACACUAAUUAUAAGACCGUCAGCGAUUGGUGAUUUGGGCGAAUAUACCUGCAUAGUAACAGAUAAUGUCGGAGAUCAACAAUCAGCAUCAGCUUUUCUCAACGUUCAAUAUAAAGCAAAGGUUAUUUACGCUCCGAGAGAGGUAUUUUUGCCGUAUGGAAAGCCAGCUCUGUUGGACUGUCAUUUCCGAGCGAAUCCUCCGCUCACUAACUUACGAUGGGAGAAAGACGGAUUCUUGUUUGAUCCUUACAAUGUUCCAGGUGUUUUUUACAGGAGAAAUGGGUCUUUAUACUUUAGCAAAGUUGAUGAAACACAUUCUGGAAGCUAUAGCUGUACUCCUUACAACGAACUUGGUACUGAAGGACCUAGUCCAUCUAUUUCAGUGGUAGUUCAAAGACCACCCGUAUUUACAGUGACUCCGCAACGUUUAUACAUGAGAAAACUUGGCGAAAGCUUGGAAAUACCUUGCGAUGCUCGAGAUGGUGAUCAGUCUCAACCACCCACAAUCGUCUGGUUUAAAAAGGACGGGUCACCACUCUCACAGGAACGGGCUAUUCUCAAUGGCGGAAAUUUGACGAUCGAACGGAUUCAAGAGCAAGAUCGGGGACUUUAUCAGUGUGCUGCUAGUAAUGAAGCAGCUACUGUAGUCGCUGAUGCUGAACUAAUGGUUUUGAAUGUUCCUCCACGUGCUCCUUACAAUCUUAAUGCUAACACGAGCAAAGACUCGGUUACUCUCACUUGGGUUCCGGGAUACGUCAGGCCGAAAAUGGAGUAUGCAGUUUGGUAUAGACCUACUGAUACCACUGAGUGGAAGACAAUGAAAAUCCCAUCGAAGAAAAUCACAGAAGCCACUAUUCUUAAUCUUACACCAGGGCGCGAAUAUGAAUUUAUGGUACUCAGUCAAGAUAAACAUGGAGAUGGUAUGUUCAGCAAGUCUAUUCGAGUUUUAACGCAAAACAAAAAUGGACAACUGAAUCGGAAUUUAGCAUCAGAAUUCAAAAGUACUCAAGAAAGUUUAGAGCCCCCACAAAAUCUAAAAGUUCAAGUAACUGCUGAAGGGUAUUUAGUAACGUGGGAUCCACCUUCGAACGCAAAUAUCAAACUCUAUGUUGUAAGAUGGUUCCGAGGGUCAACUGAUGAGCAUUUACACGGCAGAGCUGAAACUACAGACACAUUCUAUUUAAUUAAAAGUUUAGAAGAGGAAAGUAGUUACAUUUUUGAAGUAUCGGCAAUGUCACAGUCCGACGAUGUAGCAACUAGCGAACAAUUUACACUAGAAGUACCAGCUUACCGAAGGAACCGAGCUAUUUCCAUGGGGAUCGUAGCAGGAGUCGGAUUUCUAGCUGCUUCAUUGGCUGCGAUUUGGUGGUCACGAAAACGAUUUUGUCAACCGUCAAUGAAUAAAUAAAAUAAACGACUCUCACAAUAAUCAUAUUAAAAUCGAUUUUUCUAAUGUACUACUACUAAUUUAUAGGCAAAAAAUAAAUAUAUUUUAUGGGAGCUUCUUAUAUUAUAGGAACGGUUAAUCAAUAAAUGAUCAAUGAUUUUGAAGAAA